AUGUCAUUCACCAACGACCACGGCAGUGGGGAUAUGUUCAACUCCCAUAUGAGUACCCAGAACAACAAUACAGGCAAUGGCAACCAGUUUCCCGGAUCCAACUUUCCUGGGACUGUGAACUUCUAUCAGAGUACCCAGAAUGAGCGUUCUCUUCAAUCACGACAGAUGGAUGUCCUAAAGAGACUGAAUGUAUCGAAAUAUCGAGAUCAGAAAGAUCGAAACCCUGUUCGAGUACGAGGGACGUGUGACUGGUUUGUUACUCAUCCGACUUUCAGAGCCUGGCAAGAGACCCAGACGUCGCAGAUGCUGUGGGUCACUGCAGAUCCUGGAUGUGGAAAAUCUGUGUUGGCAAAGUAUUUGGCAGAUUCUGUUCUCACAAGUCACGCUGGUCGAACAGUCGGAUAUUUCUUCUUUAAGGACGACUUCGAGGAUCAGAGGAGCAUCGUAAAGGCGUUAUGCUGCAUUUUUCACCAGCUCUUUUACCAGAAUCGCGAUCUGCUUACUGCGCAUAUUAUUGAACAAUUUGAGAUGGACGAAAGGAUUGUUGAUUCUUUUGGUAGUCUUUGGAACGUCCUCAUCAGCGCUGCGAAACAAACGGAUACUACAGAGAUCAUUUGUCUGCUAGACGCCUUCGAUGAAUGCGAACCGGAUGGACGGUCCCAACUCACUGUAGCACUCGAAAGGCUUUACACUGAUGAAAGUCGGCAUAAUUUCAAUCUAAAGUUUCUUAUUACUAGUCGCCUCUAUGGUGACAUCAGACAAGGAUUUCAGCCUAUGCAGAUGGAAGGGCAACCAUUGAUUCAUCUCAGCGGGGAAGGUACUGAAGAAAUGGAGGAUAUCUCUCGUGAGAUCAAAACUUUCAUCAAAGCAAGGGUUGAAACAAUUGGCGCCCGACUAAAGCUCACGGAAGAGGAAAAGUCUAUCCUACUCAAGAGCGUCACACGUGUUCCCAACACCACAUAUCUCUGGGUCUACCUUACUCUAAAUCUAAUUGAGAAUAUUAAGGAUAUCGAUAAAACAAGAAUACUCGACGCUACGUCUGACCUCCCCAAGACCGUGGACGAUGCCUAUGAACGAAUCUUAUCUCGAAGCGAAGACUGCCAAAAGGCCAGAAAAUUACUUCAUAUCGUGGUCGGUGCGACACGGCCCUUAACGCUCCAAGAAAUGAACCUCGCUUUAAUCUUAAGUGAAAAACACCAGUCAUAUCGGGAGCUCGAACUCAGAUCAGAAGACCGUAUUCGUGAAAAUAUCCGGGACCUCUGCGGACUGUUUAUUACCGUUGUAGAAGGUAAAAUUUACCUCCUUCAUCAAACGGCGAGAGAGUUUUUGAUUGAAAAGAAUAAACCCCCGAUCCAGGGGAAUACAUCCGACAGCAAACUUCGCGUGCUUCAUAACGCUGCCUGGCGAAACCGAUUCCGAGAUACCCAUAAACGAAGCAAUGAUAGCAUUCAAAGCCUCUCAUGGAAGCAUUCACUAAAGCUGCAAGAGUCUCAUCAGAUUAUUUCAAGAAUCUGUAUCAAGUACCUGCUGCUCUCCGAUUUUCGGAAGACCUUGCCUCGGAGAAUAGACAUAGGCGAGCUUACCAACACCUAUAUCUUUCUAGACUACUCUACCAGAUCUUGGGCCACUCAUUUUUUGGAAGCGAAUGAUGACACUGACAAUAUGAAACAAUCCCUUGUGACACUCUGCGAUCUGAUAGAAGAUUGCUGUCCAGCUUGGUUCCAAGUUUAUUGGGCGUCAUUGGGCACAAAAUUCCCGACUGGCUUCAACAGUCUUAUGAUUGGAGCCUAUUUUGGACUAAUACCUGUAGUGCAACACUGGAUUGAGAUGGGUAAAACUGAUGUUGACGCUGAGGACGAUAUAUAUGGCCGCUCGGCACUAUCCUGGGCGUCUGGGAACGGCCAUACUACUGUCAUAAAGCUAUUGAUCAAAAGAUCCUACAGAACCUGGUGGAAGAUGGCCCGGGUUGAUGCGCGAGACAGGCAUAAUAGGACACCUCUUUCGUGGGCUAUUAUAAACGGUCAAGUGGAGGCAGUCAGUUUGUUGCUCAAAGCAGGAGCUGUGAUUGACUUGAAAGAUGAUAUCGGAGGAACGCCGUUAGAAUAUGCCAUCUGCAGUGGGAAUAAUGAAGUAUGGAAUAUCGUGAAGAAGAAAGGAUCCCAGAAUCAUCAUCUGUCCAUCGACAAGAUUCAAACCAGACUGCUCAUUUCAGCCGCCAGAAAGGGCAAUGAAGCGAUAGUGACACUCCUGCUUGAGAAUAAUGCAGAUAUAGAUUCGAGGGAUGAAAACGGCCAAACACCACUUUCCUGCACGGCAGAGAAUGGCCAUGAGGCAGUAGUGAGACUACUGCUCGAGAACAAGGCAGAUAUAGAUUCAAGGGAUGAAAACGGCCAAACACCAUUUUCCCGGGCGGCAGAGAAUGGCCAUGAGGCAGUAGUGAGACUACUGCUCGAGAACAAGGCAGAUAUAGAUUCAAGGGAUGAAAACGGCCAAACACCAUUUUCCCGGGCGGCAGAGAAUGGCCAUGAGGCAGUAGUGAGACUACUGCUCGAGAACAAGGCAGAUAUAGAUUCAAGGGAUGAAAACGGCCAAACACCAUUUUCCCGGGCGGCAGAGAAUGGCCAUGAGGCAGUGGUAAGACUACUGCUCGAGAAUAAGGCAGAUAUAGAGUUGAGGGAUAGAAACGGCCAAACAUCACUUUCCCGGGCGGCAAAGAAUGGCCAUAAGGUAGUAGUAAGGCUCCUUCUUGAACAUAGUGUAGAUAUAGAGUCGACAGAUAAUAUGUUUGGCCAAACACCACUUUCCUGGGCGGCUAGGAAUGGUCAUGAGGCAGUGGUGAGACUCCUGCUCGAGAACAAGGCAGAUAUAGAGUCGACAGAUAAUAUUUUUGGCCGAACACCACUUUCCUGGGCAGCAGGGAAUGGCUAUGAGGCAGUGGUAAGACUACUGCUCGAGAAUAAGGCAGAUAUAGAUUCAAGGGAUGAAAACGGCCAAACACCACUUUUCUGGGCAGCAGAGAAUGGUUAUGAGACAGUGGUGAGACUCCUGCUCGAGAACAAGGCAGAUAUAGAGUCGACAGAUAAUACGUUUAGUCAAACACCACUUUCCCGGGCGGCUAGGAAUGGUCAUGAGGCAGUGGUGAGGCUAGUUUCUAGGUACAAGAGCCCUUGA